AUGUAUUUAUCAAUCAAUUUAAUUAUUUUACUUUGUUUCUUACCUUUUUCAUACUCUAAUAAUUCAUUAGAAGAAGUUGAUGAUAAUGAAUUUAUUAAUUUGUGUGCAACUGAAAAAUAUGUUGUCGUUUUGUUCACUAAACGUCAAUGUCCAGAAUGUGAAAAUAUCGAAAACGAACUUUUGUCCGUUCGUGAAGAUCUUGUUGAUUCACUGAAUGCAUGGGUUGUUAAAAUAUAUAACAGUAACUUGGUACAAAUUUACAGUCCAGCUAAAGAACCUGCCUUAGUAUUUAUGAGACACGGCGUUCCUUUAUUAUACAGUGGUGAUAUAAAUGAUGAAUUAAUUUUACAUACAUUUAGAGAAAAUAAAGAGCCAAAUGUGAGAGAAUUAGAUGAUAGUAAUUUUGAACAUUUAACUCAAGCAGCGAGUGGUGCAACCACUGGCGACUGGUUUGUUUUAUUUUAUAGUAAAACAUGUGUUACAAGUCACAGACUGACUGCAAGAUGGGAAGCUGUGGCUGCUGCUUUAAAAACGAGAAUGAACAUUGCCAGAGUUAAUAGAUUAGAUACAGGAGCUGCUACAGCUAGAAGAUUUGGUGUAUACACAACUCCAACAUUUAUCUUCUUCCGCCAAGGUAAAAUGUACAGAUAUCAAUUGCAGUCGCAUGAUGUUAAAGCAUUGAUUCAUUUUGCAACAGAUGGUUACAAAAGAAUUGCCAAAAGUGAAAAUGUUCCUGUGCCUAAAAGUCCAUUCGAUGAUUUAACACAAUUAAUAGCUGAUUACAUAGCAGAAAAUAAUUGGGUUGUUGCACUUGGAGGUUUUUGUGUAAUGAUCGGUUUUGCACUCGCAAUGAGAACUAGAAAAUCAAAUUCGAAUAAAUCACAAUUGAAAAAAUCUAAAAAGAAAGAUAAACCCAAAACUGAAGAAAACAUUGAUAAACCUGAGAAAUCAAAUACGAAAAAAUCUAAAUAA